GUAUGAUUAACAUAUGAAUAAGCAAUCUAUAUUACUAUAUAUAAUUGCUUUAAGACCAUGACCACGAACCAACAGAAAAUUAGAAGAAAAAGAGGAGGAAGAAGAAGAAGAAAGAUGACAUUGACGUUGUCUAUUUUGACAUUAUUAUGACAUUGAAACAGGCCAACGAAAAACGAAAUACAUGUACAUCAAAACAAAAAAUGAUUUUAAAUAGUUUUUAUUAUUGUGUGUAAUUUAGUUAAUUAAGCUCAAUUUUUUUUUAAUUUUAAACAUGGCAUCUGUAAAAGUAGCUGUAAGGGUACGGCCUUUUAAUCAAAGGGAACUAGAUAUGGAUGCUCAAUUAAUUAUUCAAAUGCAAGGAAAAACUACUGGAAUUUUAAAUAGUAAAGCAAACACAAGAGAUGAAAAUAUUCGUUAUAAAGAAUUCACUUUUGAUUAUUCAUAUUGGUCUUUUGAUUCCGAAUCACAAAAUUAUGCGUCCCAAGAAUUAGUUUACAAUGAUUUAGGAAAAGAAGUUAUAGAUUGUGCUUUUGAAGGUUACAAUGCUUGUGUUUUUGCGUAUGGACAAACUGGAAGUGGAAAAACAUUUACCAUGAUGGGAUCACCUGAAAAUCAAGGUCUCAUUCCAAGAAUUUGUAAAGCUCUCUUUGAAAAAAUGGCCGAAAACUCUAAAAGGGGAACUACUCAUAGGGUUCAAGUCAGUUAUUUGGAAAUUUAUCAAGAAAGAGUAGCGGAUUUGUUGAGAGGCAGAGAUAGUAAUUCUUUAAAAGUGAGAGAACAUCCGAAAAAGGGACCAUAUGUUCAGGGAUUAACCAGUUGCCUUGUUACAAAUUAUGGACACAUUCAAGAAUGUAUGGAGAGGGGUAACUCUCACCGUACAACUGCUGCAACUAAUAUGAACGAUGUCAGUAGUAGAAGUCAUGCAAUCUUUACGAUUACCUUUGUUCAAGCAGGAUAUUGUGAUGGAGUUCCUAGCGAAACUGUAUCGAAAAUUCACUUAGUGGAUUUGGCUGGCAGUGAAAGAGCAGAUGCAACAGGAGCAACUGGACAAAGACUCAAAGAGGGCGCUCAUAUUAAUAAAUCCUUAGUCACUUUAGGAUCCGUAAUAUCUGCUUUAGCGGAAUUGUCCGUUGAUCAGAAUGGUCAAAAAAAGUCUAUUUUUAUACCAUACAGGGAUUCUGUUCUUACAUGGUUACUGAAAGACAGCCUUGGAGGAAAUUCGAAGACUAUUAUGAUUGCUGCGAUUAGUCCUGCAGAUUGCAAUUAUGGCGAGACACUAAGCACUUUAAGGUACGCAAACAGAGCCAAGAAUAUUAUCAAUAAACCUACUGUUAACGAAGACCCCAAUGUUAAACUUAUCAGGGAAUUACGAGAUGAAAUUAGCAAACUUAGAGCACUUAUGUUUUGCGAACAAAGAAGCGACAUGUUGGCACAACUUUAUGAAAAGGAAGCAAGAGAGAAGGAACUUACUGAAGAAUGGACUGGAAAAUGGAGAGAGGCUCAAGCGAUACUCAGAGAACAGAGAGCUCUUGGUCUAAGAAAAGCAGGUCCAGGCGUUGUUUUAGACUCUGAUAGACCUCAUCUAGUUGCAAUCGAUGAUGAUCCUUUAACAACCGGGGUCACUCUGUAUCAUUUAAAGGAAGGCAAAACCACAAUAGGAACUGAAGAAUCUGAAGUCAAACAAGAUAUAGAAUUGAAAGGAUCAGGAAUGGAACCCCAGCAUUGCACUAUCACAUUCGAAAAGGGUAUUGCUACACUAAUUCCUUAUCCAGGGGCACAAGUAAUGCUCAAUAAUACAGUUUUGGAAUCGGCAGCUAGACUUUCUCAAGGCUGUAUCAUAUUUUUAGGCAAAGCUCACGUUUUUAGAUUUAACGACCCCGCCGAAGCAGCCGAGUUACGAAAAGGAGAGAAAACAUACAAUUUAUCCAGGUUGAGUUUGUUAAGUUGGUCUACUCCAGACUUGGCCAUAUCCAUGGAAAAUUUACAAAUGAAUAACGACGAUGAUAAAAACGAUAAUAAGGUGGAAAUAGAGAGUCAGAGACUUCAUUUCGUAAAAGAGAAAGAACAAUUCGAAAAAGAACAAGAAGCCUUCGAAAAGCAACAAGAAGUGUUUGAAAAAAAGAAACGCAGUUUGGAAGAGGCUCAAGCGAAAUUGGAAGCUGAGAAGAAAACAGUUCAAAAGGAAUUUGCACAGCAGACUCGUCAAUUACAAGAAGAUUGGCGUAAUCUGACGGCUCAUCAAAGACAAAAGGAAAUCGAGUUAGAAACGAAAGAGAAGGAAUUGAUUUUGAAAAAGGAAAAAUUGGAGAGAGAACGAAAGACUAUUGUAUCUGAAAUAGAAUGCGAAUGUACGAACCUGCAGGAUCUUAAGAGUGAUAUUUUAGUAAGGCUGGCGAAUGCUUGUGAGUUAGUUUCAUCAAAUGCUAAUGAAAUAUUGUUUCCCAGCCCGAAAGCUAAAUCUACCUUUCAGGAACUGGUUUCUAAAUCAAAUCAAAUACCAUUAUUACCUCAUGAAAAUGAUAGUUUGAUAGAUAUUUUUAACAAUGUUUCUGGAUCUUCUAUCAUUAAAGAUAUUGUUGAUAAGCACAGAAAAGAACUUGCAGAACUUCAAGCCGAGCUAAAUAGAAGGGUUCAAACGUUAUGCGAAAGACAAAGAAGCGUCGAACUGCUAGAUAAAAAAAUUAUCGAUCUCGUCGAUCAACAAAAGUCUUUAACUAAAGACGAAAACAAAAGUGACGAACUAGAAAUUCUUAAACAGGAAUUGUGUAAAAGAACAGAAGAGGAAUUAAAGAAAAUCGAACAAAAGAAACAAGGGUUAACUCUGAACCUAAAAAGAGUCAAUUCCGUUGACAGCCCCGAUUCGUGCGAAGUAAACUAUACAAGUAGCAUAGAAAAAGUACCAGACACUCUUAGCAGCGAUACAACUUACCACACGGCCCCGAAUACGUGUUCUCCACGUUACGUCGAUUCUAAGUUAGAUCCUUUGAUGAGCGAUAGCGGCGUGGAAUUAAGGACGUCUUCGAGGCCUCAAGACGAAAGCGAUCUCUCUAGCAACGAAGAUAAGGUGUUGGUUAGUGACUCACAAUCGACUAGUUCAAUAGAAAAUCGAUCGCCGACAAGUAGGAAAAAUAGGAGACGGGACACAGAAAUAUAUCUGAGAAGAUUAUCUCAACGAAUUGCCCAACAAAAACAACUUAUCGUCAGAAAUUUGGACGGAAAUUGUUUGAAAAUCCAUUUAGACAAUCAAAUAGCAGUAUUGCAAGAAUUACAACGACAAUAUAUGUCACUUAAAUACGGUUGUACUUCAUCUUUAUCUCCAACGUCAGAACAUCCACUACAAGACAUUGAUAGUCCAAGUCCGAUUAGACCAUUACAUACAGGGUCCACUUCUGCUCUCUACUCGCCCGCAUUACAGAACCAGAAUCAACGAAUUUCACCUUUAAAUCAAAAUUUAUACAGAUCAAUGCCUUCCAUUAAUAUUGAAACUGAUCGUGAUGCUAUCGUGUCCAUUACGAGUUUUUUCCUUCGAGGAGCUGGUAGUAAAACUCACUAUGAGUAUGAAGUUAGAAUAAAUACCAUCGAUGAAAGGUGGACUAUUUUGAGGAGAUAUAGUCGAUUUAGAGAUUUACAUAUAGCAAUGAAAGCGCGUUACAGAGACAAAGUCUCAUCGAUUCCUUUUCCGUCGAAAACUCUCUUUUCAAACAACGAAGCUGUAGCUCAAUCGCGAAAGCGUCAGUUGGAAUUAUAUUUACGCAGAUUAAUCGACAUCUGCAAAUGUCAUCCGGCUUGUCCGUUGGCCUAUGGAGGGCCCGUUACCAAAGUUGCCUUGAUAAACUUUUCGCCCUUUUUCCGGAAAGGAGUUUUCGAAAAUGGAAAAUACGGAACAUCAUGAUGGGAGGUUCGGUAUACACCUUUGUUCUUAUACCUUAAGACUAAUUCGAUUAUUUAUGUAGCGAUAUUUUUUAUUAUUAAUUUUUUUCAAUGGCUAGUUCCUUACUCAAGAACAAAACAAAAACAUUAUAUUUAAUUUUAACAGAUAUUAGCAAGAGCAUAGCUCUUUUAUUUUUUAGUUAUUUAAAAUAUUGUUGUUUAGAUUUUUAAAUUAUUUUAUUUCGAUUUCAUUAACAAUCUUAGUGCAUAUCACUUUGAAAGAAUAAAAAUAGUUAAAAAAUAUGUAUUUAUUGCACAGAAUUUGAACAACUUUAAGCUGCUCACUUUAAGUGUAAUAAAUAUAAAUUUUAGUCAUAGUUAUAUGUUGUACGAAUGUAUAUAUUUUUUUCUACGAUCACAUUUAUCGUUAAAGAAUUUUGUAUCUUUCCUAGAAUUAAGAGAUUCGGAUCUUUUUAUUUGAAUGUGUCAAAAAAAUGUCGUUUUUCAGAUAAAAACGUUCGAAUACUAUAAAUUGACAUACUUUAAUUGAGCGGCCGUAUGACUUUUUCAGCCUAGGCCGAAAAACUACCUUAACAACUCUGUUCACGUUUUGACGGGUCUAUUUUUAGGUUAACUUUAAAAGUUUAAAAGGUAAAAUCUUUUAAAUACAAUAACUUUCCUUUAAAUUGAUUUUAAAACAAUAUAAAUUCCAAUGAUAAAAUUUAUUCUUGUUUGUUUCGGACUUUACUUAAUGCAAAUAGGUAUUGUUUAAAUGACAAACAACCAAACUUGGUAGAUUUUCACAAACACUUUUAUUUUAAAAAAUUAAAAUUUCUUCAUGACAAUUGUUUUGAAGUACAACUUCUUCAAAUGUGACUAAUUUACAUUUCUGUGUCUAAUAUACAGUGUGCUUCUCAAAAGUCCCCUCCCCCCUCUUUUCUUUUGAACAGUGAUAUUUAGACUGAUGAAAUUUGGAGGGUGGAAAUGAACUAUUGUAAGCUUCUCUACUAGUGGUAACAGGUGACGUCACCAAGCAACUGAAACCAAUAAUAUUAAAAAAAACCAUCGUAAAUCCAAAAAAAAUAAUACAACAGAAUAGGUGUUCUAAAUACCUUUCAAAUAAGAUGUCACUUGCCAUAAGGUCCCAUUUAAUAUUAUUGGUUUCAGUUGCCUGGUGAUGUCACCGAUGCCUAUUACGUCACCUGUUACCACUAGUAGACAAGCUUACAAUAGUUCAUUUUUACCCUCCAAAUUUAAUCAGUCUAAGUAUCACCGUUCAAAAGAAAAGAGGGGGAGAGGGGACUUUUGAGAAGCACUGUAUAUACAAAGUGAGCUAACUAGUUACAGGGCCGUAGCCAGAACCAAGUUUUAAGUAGGGCAUCCGAAAUUUAAAAUAGGGCACACCUAUGUGGGUGAGUCGAGGGUGUAGGGUAGUAAGAGACGUAUUUUCAAAAUAAGCUUGUAUGUCGUGUUAUAAAUUUUUU